AACUUCAGCAUGAUAAAAAUAAAAUCAAAACUUAAAAAAAUGAAACAGUAUCGUGAAGUUAGCCGCGCUCACUGUAUCCACCAUAUUAAUAAAUCCACCCACACAAUCGAUAGUUAAAUCUCGAACAGCCAUAUUGACGUUUCUCGAUUUUCAUUUCUCGAUACUAAACUGAUAAAAUAAAAAAUUAGCGAUUGUAUGUAUUGUAUUAUACGAGGGAUUACGAUAACUCGACUGAUGUUAAGCAUUCCAGUAUUCCACGGCUGAGCUAUCAUAUCAUGUUGUUACUUAUCUCUCGGCUUGGUAUAGCAGUCGACGAGUGAGCAGUGAGCGCUCAGUAGUGUCUAUUGGAGGGAUUGAUGGUCAAGAAGCAACAAGCAACUAGCGCUUAGUUAUUCAUUUUCAUUUUGUAAAACUCUACACUCCAUGCUCGACACUUGCAGACAUCUAUACAGAGACAAUACAAGCUCUGAAGAUUGCCGGAAUCAGCGAAAGUAAAAGCAAGUAAGAAAAUAUAAAUUAUAUUACGCUGGACAAGUAAUACGUGUGGGAUACGUCAAGAUCAACCGCGCGCGCAGUUGUUUCAUAUUAACUCAAAGAAAAAGUUAAAUAAAUAAAAUACACAUUGGAUAUUACCAAUAUUAAAAUAUUUAAUUGUGCUGGUGUAGAUUAUAAUGAGUGUUAUUUGAUAAGUUGAUACCGAUAGGCCCCACUAAAUUUUAAAACACGGUAUUAUUAUUAUUAUUAUUAUGAUUAUAAAUGUACUAAAAUAGAUUAUGGUUAUCUGGCCCUGUUGUUAACUUAACUAGUGCUCUCUCGCUUCAUAUAAUAUAAAUACUUAACUUUGUCUUUAUAUAUGUAUAUAAUAUAUUAUUGUGUCUCUUUUGCUCAGCUAUUCACUCACUUAUAGGCAUAUUACCAGUUCGAGUACAUGGACUUGAAUAUCUGUAUGCAUAUGUGUAUAUAUAGAUAUCCGGCUGCGGUCUACGGUGUAUAAAUGUGUGAGAUCAUGAUCUGAGCAUUAUGACGGAUUCACUGCGACACGACUACACGCCAAGCACUACCAAAAGAUCCUUCGAGUUUAUGGCUUAUGUGUGUGCUUAUUAAAGGACACGGCCUAGAUAUGUAUGAGUUGGCGAGACUUUGUCGAAUGCCGUAAUUACUAAUUGGCAAUCAACAAUCAACAGUGCGAGAAAAUAAUUAUAAUUCAAAGUGUAAAAAAUAUCUAUUGUUUUUAAUUUAACGACAAAAACGCCUCCUGAGUGUUUAAAUUGUGGUUUUUAUUUUUUUUUAAUUUAUAUCAAGGAUUUUGGAUUACUUUUUGGAAAAUGAAGAAACAAUUUUUUCGAGUUAAACAACUCGCUGAUCAGACGUUCUCCAGGGCAGGAAAAACUGAAGUGUUGACUGAUGAUUUGCAAGCAGCAGACAAGCAUGUAGACCAAAUAAGAGCGGCAUUAACUGGACUGAGUAAAAGACUGGGGACUUUGCCUACUCAAACAAAUGUAUCGGAUCCUGCUUACAAGGAAAAACGUUUAAAAAAAUGCCCGGAGUACAUACUGGGACAGACGAUGUUGGAGAACGCCGCGGUGGAGGGUCUGAUGAGUUUCGCGCUGUCUGAGUGCGGGCGGGCCCAAGUCGCGCUGGCUAACGAGACCGUAGACCAUGAAGCCAAAGUCGAGCAGUACGUCGCUGCACCGCUUCACCAUAUCCUCGAGACUGAUGUACCCAAUAUCAUUAAACACAAGAGAAAUUUAGCUAGAUUGACUUUAGAUAUGGACAGCGCUAGAACGAGAUAUCACCAGGCUAUCAAACACAACGCUGGAGGAACGGGAGCUACCAAAGUAGACAGCCUGCGUGAAGAGCUUGAAGAGGCUGAGACGAAAGUGGAACAGUGUCGAGAUCAAUUGGCCGCCGAAAUGUUCCAGUUGAUGUCCCGCGAAACGGAACUUGCUCAAACAAUUAUACAGUACGUGAAACUUCAACGAGCUUACCAUGAAAGUGCCUUACAUUGUUUAGAAGAACUGAUACCUGGAUUAGAGAGUUAUAUCAAUGACAAUGAGAUGAAACCAGUGUACGGUUACCCUCUAGAAGAACAUUUGAGGGUAACAAAUAGAAAAAUAGCAUUACCUAUCCAAUUGUGCGUAUCAACGUUACUGAGACUUGGUAUGGAAGAAGAGGGACUCUUUAGGAUAGCAGGUGGUGCGUCUAAAUUAAGAAGAAUAAAAUUAAGCUUAGACGCGUGUUGUUUAACACUACCCACUGCGUUGGAGUACAAAGACGCUCAUGUCGUCGCGGGUGCUUUGAAGUCUUAUUUAAGAGAGUUACCUGAACCUCUUCUUACCUACAAAUUAUAUCCAGAGUGGAUGGCAGCUGCAAAAAUAAGUCAAAGCGACGCUAGAUUAAGAGCUCUCUGGGAAGUACUCCACAAACUUCCACCAGCUAAUUUAGAAAAUUUGAAAUUUUUAAUUAAAUUUUUGGCUGUUCUUACCAAGAAUUGUGACAUUAAUAAAAUGUCGCCUCAAAAUAUUGCUAUUGUUAUUGCUCCUAAUUUAAUUUGGAGCCCUCAGGAAGAUAUUAAUACCAUGGUAAUGAACAUGAGUACCGCUAAUAACUCUAGUCUCAUAGUCGAGCAGUUGAUAACCUACGCAGACUGGUUUUUUCCCGGCGAAAUAGACUUCGACCGUGAUUUAGACCUCGGAAUGGUAAACGGUGCUGAAUCGCAAGUUAUUGGGAUGCGUAGAUGCAUUUCCAACAGCAGUUUGAGCGACCUAGGAGAAAGCCCGCCACAAGGUAGCCCUAAACCGGCAGCCCGAAGAAAAAACAAACCUGCUCCAACACCACCGGGCUCCGGGAACAGUGGAGGCGGAGGUACUCCCGACAAACAAGACCGACGGGUCGAUGAUAAACCACCGCCUGCUCCAGACAAACCGCCACGGCCUUUAACCACAGCAACUCUAAACCGUCACACUUACAAGGCUCAAAAGCAUGAAGUUAAUACUGAAUUGAUGACCCAUCAUGACAAUAAAACGGAGAAAGUUUCGGAGAACGAAAGCAAUAAAACGCCUUUAGGAUUUGAAGUCAUUGCUAAUGUUGACUCAACAGUUGUGACUAAUAACAAUAAUAAUGAUAAGAUAACUGAACCACGUCCUCUAAUUUUUGAUAAUAACAGAAUUGAUAAUGAUGUUGAAACUAAACGUAAAGACUCUGAUCCAAAUGCGCCCAUUGGGUUUGAGGCUGUUAAUUCAAGGACUUCGAGCAUAAGUGCUGGAAGUGGAACUGGAGGAACUCAGGUUCAAGCUAAAGGAACUAUUGAUUCUGGUGAGAACCAAGAUGCAAUAAAAUUAAAACCUGUUACCGCUGAAAAACCAGCAACCUCUACUUUGGAACGACGUAAGAUGCCUGUUGCUGCACCACGUACUAUAACAAAUGUUAUUCAUCCUACUACAGAUGACUCAGUGGAAAUACGUAACAAAAAAAUCGAUGUGAACAACGCAACACCGGAGAGAAAUAGUAAACCUGCUGUCCCAGAGCGGCCUGCUGGGCUGGCCCGGCCCUCCAGCUUGAUGCGCCAACACCUACGGCAGAGUAACGACAACCUGGACACCGACGUCGGUCCUUUAACUCUGGAGCGGACUCACAUGUAUUCCGUUGACAAACAGCAGGUCAGUAUAAUACAAGUCCGGGGCAGCGGAGGGAGCUCAAACUCAAACUCGGCGGAGACCAACGGAGGAGUUCCAAACCUUCAGAGGAGUCCCAGCGUAGGCAGCCGACCCACCUCCGUUUCUUUUACCAACGACCGUCCGGAGAAACCUCCCAGGCCGACGGAUCUACCGCCUGAGCCUACCAAGUCACACUCCAGGACUCGCUCCGAGGGCAAUAUCAUCGACGUCCAAACCCAGACUGAAACCGUGAUAGUUCCUAAGUCACCUCCUCAUCAGAACACUCCAGUGUCUCCGAGAUUUCAUCAACGACCUCCACGACCUCAACCUCCUCCUCCCCCUCCUCCAACCAUGCGACCAAAAUCCGAUCACGAGAGUACUAAUCUUUAAGGGUAAUUCAAACACAUCUAACUCAAUCAUUUAAGUAAUUUAAUUACUUAUUAAUCGAUUGAUUAAUUAAUUAAUUAAUCUUAAAAUUUUUUAAAUUAGAUAGUAUUUUUUUUAAAUACAGAUAAAUUUUACCAACAAUUUUGUUACUUGCGUAAGCAAGUUCAACAUGACAUUGCUAUGUUUAAUUAAUAUCGCGUUACUAAUUUGCAAAACCAAAAGGGCUCAUAAAAAAAUUUUUUUUCCUCCAUUUAACUAGAGAAUUUACAAAAGUAAAAAU